UCUAAUGUUUAUUCAAAGUUUAUCCAGUUACUGCGGUUUUUUGGUUGAUGGAGACAGGGAAAGUAAAACUGACUAAAAAUAAAUACAAAACAAUAAUUAAGACUAUCAGAUACAUGACUUUGGAAUACACAACCUCCUUCAAUCAGAUCUCGAAAAUAAUAACAUUAGAAAAUCAAAUAUAUCUAAUCGUUAGUUUAAAAGAUACUAAGAUCCAUGUAAUUUUUUUAUCACAUGGAUCUAAGUGAUCUUAGUCAGUUUUUAUUUAUUUUUUUGGUUUAUUUUGACACUAUUUUGUUUAAAAUUUUAUAACAAAAACAUUUUUAUGUUUAGUUGAAAAAAUACCAAGAUCCAUGUGAUUUUUUUUUUUACCAUAACUUCAUUUUUAUUACGUUUUUUUUUGUUUAUUUAUUUAUUUUGUAACUAUUUUGUUUUAAAUUUCAUAAUAAUUCAUUUUUAUGUUUAGUUUAAAAAAUACCAAGAUCCAUGCACAUUUUUUUUAACAUAACUUUUUUUAAAACUUUUUUUUUGUUUUAUUUUGUAAUUAUUUUGUUUUUUAUAUGUCAUAACAAAUACAUUUUUGUGUUCAAAUUGUAUUUCCGUGUAUUACUUUCCUUAGCCAUUUAAUUUUCCAUAAAAAAAUUCAUAUUCUUAUCUAAAUUAAUGUUAUUAUUAUAUAUUUUUCAUUUUAACUCAUUUAUUUUGGUUUAUGACGACGUUCAUUUAGAAUGCUGUAACCCGGAAGAGACCCUAUGUUGUCCCUCAGAGUGAUACAUCUGUCCAUAAUAACCUAUCUCUGCAGCAGUAGUUGCUGCUUCAGUUCGUGAACACCUCAGAGCCCCACAGUAGUCUGCCUCAAUCCCGGAGAUCCUGGAGGUCCUUCCCCGGUAUCCUGAGGCCUGUCCCCGGUCUGUCGUUAACCUGACAGACCCUCCGCUUUGUUCUGUUUGUCACACCGGAGGUCGGUACUCCUGCUCCGGGCCGAUCUUCACUGUGAACCGGGGAUAGCUGGAGAGCUAGCGAGGCGUUAGCCGAGCAGGUAGCGGGAGUGAAGGUUCGGUCCGGACGGCGGCCAGAACCAGCAGCAUGUCCGCAGGAAACCACAAACAGGCGGGGGAGGAGAGGACGGGGAGCCGGAGUCAGAGCGAAGGUAAAAAAAAAAUUAAAAAAACGAGAACAGGUGUUCCGGUCCGAUUAGUGACCGUGUCAGCUGGUGAGUUUUGACCGAACGCGUCUUCGCGCUGACAGACGCGUUCAGCUGGAAGUCGGCAGUUCGAAUGGUCACAAGUUUCAGCGGAACACCGGGACUGGCGGUAACGGCCUGGACCGCUGAAAAACUGGGCAGCUGUUAAACGGAGCAGAUUAAUUAAAAUAAAGUGUAAAUUAUCUUUAAUUCACAAAUAAAACGUGAAGAUAGUGAGUCUGUAUUUCUGUGCAGAGCUACGAGAGAGAGGCUCGCUAGCAGCUAAAACUACCCAAACUUCUCUGACUUCAUAUGGGAGGGGUUUUAACAGAAGUUCACCAACAAAUUUAACAUUUUAAUAACUAAUUGGACCCGACAGAGAUAAACCUCCAAUCUAACUCUGUAACACCCACAGACGGCUAUAAAGUAAAGGUGUGUUAGACAGGUGAAGAAGUGAGCAAAUGGCAGCCGGUGACGUGGAAGUUUGGCACAAGUUAGGGGCUGUGGUUAGACACACAGAAACUAAAGUACACACACACACACACACACAUUAAAGCACAAACACGCACGCGUACGCACACAGACAUUCGUCUUGGUGUGGUCCCACCUGUGUCUCCAGGUAACAUACACUCACACUGUAGCACUAACACACACACUCGCACUUAUAGAGGUAAACCUCUAUUCAGGUUUGUCCGCAUUCAGGCUGAAAACUGAAUCUGUGGUUUGUUGGUGUCAAAUACCAGGAUCUUUACAAUAAUAUUGAUAAGGUCACACCUCUGCAGGAACUUUCCAGACCUUAAAUCUGACAAAAAUGAUCUGUUUGAAGUAGGGCUGGGUGAUAAAACAAUAACGAUGCGUAUCGAUAAUUAAUUUACCUCAAUAUCAAUAUAAAACAUGGUUUAUAUCGUUUUCAGUUGUUGACUUUCUGCCAUGUUUUGGUAGACUAUAUGAAUAGCCAAUGAAAAGGGGAGUUGCUCCUGGUCUGCUUCACGCUGAAUCAGAACAAAGUAUCAAACAACUGCGUAGUAGCAGACAGCAGCUACACCCAACCAUAACACUUUAACAAGUGAAGCCAACAGCACUGUUGGUGAGAAAAAAAGAAAAUGAGUGCUAACCCCGACAGAAAUGAAGAUGAAGGCUCAACAGAUGACCACAUCGUAUUGCUUUGUUUAUUAUUGCAAUGCUUCUUAAGACUUUGAUUUGUACGGUGUUUUUACAUCAGUGCUUGGGCUGGGCGAUAAAACGAUAACAAUAUAUAUCGAAAAUAAAUUUCCCUCAAUAUCAAUAUAAAACAUGGUCAGUAUGCUUUUCAAUAGUCGUCAUUCUGUCAUGUUUUGGUAGACUAUACGAAUAGCCAAUGAAAAGGGGAGUUGCUCCGGGUCCGCUUCACGCUGAACCAAUCAUAUGCUGAAUUAGAACCAAGUAUCAAACCACUGCGUCGUAGCAGACAGCAGCUACACACAACCAUGUCACUUUAACAGGUGAAGCCGACGGCACCGUUGGUGAGGAAAAAAAGAAAAUGAGUGCACCCCCCGACAGAAAUGACCAUGAAGGCUCAACAGAUGACGACAUCGUCGACAACACUGGCACGAAAACGUGGGUGGUGUGGAGGUAUUUUGGUUAGUUGAGGUCGGACAUGAAGCAGAGUAAUGUGUACGGUAAAUUAUGUCGAAUACAUGUUCUCACAAAGUCGGGGAAUACCUCAAAUCUUUUUCACCACCUGAAGCAGCGCCACGCCACAGAGCACACGCAACGUAAAAGGUUACAAACCCUGAGAGGAGCAAGGAGCCCAUGGCGCCUGUGCAGCCGAAACAGAUGACCAUUCAGUCUGCUUUCUCUAGAGCAACGCCUUAUGACAAAAUGUCAAAGAGACACAGAGACCUCACAGAUGCAGGAGAUUAUUGUAUUGCAAAAGACGCCACCAAUAAGCACUGUUAAAUUUCAUUUUUUAUAUCGUGAUAUAUCGAUAUCGACUGAUAUGAAAAAAAUAAAUUGUGAUAAACUUUUUCACAUAUCGCCCAGCCCUAAUUUGAAGUUUUCAAACUGGGGGAAGGACUGAAGUGGGGAUUGAUUUUCCUUGAGUGUUCAGCCCCAACCGGCUCCUAAAAGACCUGUAUUUAUUCAUUUAUGUUCGUAUGUCUUCAGCUGUUUGAUGCUGAUUCUGACCUGAGUCUGUAAACUGAGUCUGAAGUAUCACAGUGGGACUUUUGAUCAUUUCUCUCAGUGAUGAAGUAGAGAGGAUCCCGCUGCUGUCUGUGUUUUUUUUUUAGGUGAGGAAAGCCGGUUUGACUCGUACAAUGAGAAGGAACAGGAGUGCAGGUUUGACAAGUUCUUGGAAGAAGCUGAAAAUACCUCUGCUCAGUGAGAGUUCUCAGAGUUUGUGGAGAUUAGGUUUGUGACGACACAGCCGUCAAAGAGCUUCUUCAAUCAUCAGCGCUGUCAUUGAACAGACAUUUCCUGAAGUUCAUUGGUCGACUGAUUCUCAGAGCAGCUUCAGAAAUAUUUCUCUCCUGAAGGUUAGCGUUGGUCCUCAAGUGUCUUCUCUAACAGCAGACCAGGUCAGUAACUGUGAUCCGUGUUGUUCCUCAGUUAACAGGAGGUUAAAGUACAUCAGCCUGGCCGUGUUGGUGGUCCAGAACGCAUCGCUCAUCCUCAGUAUCCGAUACGUCCGCACGCUACCAGGCGACCGCUUCUUCGCCACGUCGGCCGUGGUCAUGGCAGAGGUGCUGAAGGUGCUGACGUGUACACUCAUCAUCCUGAUAGAAAAGAGAUGUAGGAAAUGCGCACACACGCACACACACUGAGAUUUCAGACAUUUGUUUGUACACAGCUGACAGUACAAACCCUCUCCCUCUCCCUCUCUCUCUCUCUCUCUCUCUCUCUCUCUCUCUCUCUCUAUCUCUCUCAGGCAGCGUCAAAGAAACGGCGUUGUUCCUGGUCGACUCCAUCGUCUUCCAGUACAAAGACACCCUCAAACUGGCUGUCCCCUCCCUCAUCUACACCCUGCAGAAUAAUCUCCAGUACAUCGCCAUCUCCAACCUCCCCGCCGCCACCUUCCAGGUCAGACACGCACUUCUCGUGGUUUCCUACUACGCCCACAGAUCCUUGUCUUUAAGGAGAAUAAAGGUGUAGUUUAGUUUUGAUAGGUGAGUCAUGACAGGUGGAGAGCAAGUGGGUCUGAUGGUCCUCCUGUGGACCAUCAGGGUAGUUAAUCCAUUUAAGAUUAGGAUUAUCAUCCUCACGGCGGUCUCUGUCCUCUAAGGUCAGCUCUCACUUUGAAGCUCAUCUAAGCGACUAACCAUGAAGUUCAUGUUCCUCUGAUGGUUCCUUCAAGAACUUCAGACCACCUGAUUCCCUGAUGGACUGACAUUCACCCCCUAUUUCCACCGCAUCCUGAAUGUCUAUGAAGAGGUCGUAUCCCCCGAUCUUGGCUGAUCGUAACCAUUCAAGUUUAUGUGUCAAUUUCUUUCCAUUCCGCAGAUCGCCGGACUCCACAGCUGAUCGCGAACAUUCAAGUUAACAUGUCUUUUUUCUGUUCCUCUGCGGAUCACCGGCCUUCGUAGCCGAUCCCGAGAGUUGUAUUUGUUUCCGGAAGCCGGAGCAUGCCGGAUAAAUUCAGCACAGAUUAACCUGUGCUGGAAAGGAAGUCCGGCACAGACACAAAAUAAAACAUCCAGCCUCUUUUCAAAAUUAAACACUCAUUUCCUCCUAUGGAAGGACUAGGGUUGGGCAUUGUUUGAUUUUAAACGAUUCCAAUUCCAAUUUCGGUUCCUCGUUUAGAUUCUGAUUCCUAUCGAUUCUCUAUUUCGAUUCUUUUAAAAGGCAGGAUAUUAAAAAAAAUAUGCAUGGUUUAAAUGAGGGUGCUAACCAGAGUUUUUCCUUUUGGAUGAAAUUUCUGAACUUCUUGAAUUUUUAAAUUAUAUUAACUUUUUAAGAACUUUACUAUGGAUUUCUCACAGGGCUAUUUUCAAACAGUAGAUAAAUAUCAAUUUUUGUUGUCAGGUUGUUUGUCUAUGAGUAUACGGGCUAACCUUUGUUGGAUAUUUAAGUUGACCCUCCGUACACAGUACAAUUGUUUACUGCUUCAUAGUUAGCAGAAGACAGAAGUAAUUCAUUGUUUCACUUAUUUGAUUCUCACUGGUAAGCGGAAGACCGGUGUUGUGCCAUAGAAUGCACCCCUGCCGUAAAAUGCAUCCACUUAUUAGCUUCUUAAAGGGGACCUGCCAUAAAAAUGUAAUUUUGUGUGUUUUUUGUGUCAGAUAAGGUCCAUUUUAUGUUCGUCUUAUGUUGUAAAUGUGAAAACAAACCGUUACGUCGUUUGCAUUCUGUAAAGGUUUAAAAUAAAGGAACAGGUAAACCAGGCCAAUUGAAAAAGCAGGUCAAUCUGACGUUGCGUUGACAUUGCUCAUUAUUAUUCACGAGCGCGUCCUCGGUGAGCCGCGCCCACUCUCUCGUUCUCGUACUCAGUCACAGCCAGAGCGAGACCCAGCUACCACUGUAUCCGCUAUGGGUCUCUUCCAAACGACUCUUCCCCGAUUUCCGGGGACAGUCCCCGUAUUGGAUGACCUGUCCCCGGCAAAAGCUGUCCCCGAAAAUGUCCCCGAUUUAAGCGUUUCAUUAAUGAGAGCAAAAAUGUUGCGUGUGGGCUCGAACAACGGUUAUUACAGUAGCCGAAUGGGUAGGAAGCACAAGUAAGAAGUCCUGAACAACAGUUCUUACGGGGUUAUUACAAGGGGCAUGCGCUGCUACUAAAUAGUACCGAGAUUUUGUCUGUGAUCACACAGCCCCUGCAGCCCCUGCACCGCCGCACUGAACAUCCCCGGAUAUCAUUACAGACAUCUGGGCACCUUACUUUAGCACACAUUAGCAUAUGCUAUUAGCAUUAGCAUAAUAACAAUGGAUAAACCGAAAUCCGAACCUCCACUGCUGAGCCAAUCAGAGCACAGCAGGCUUCACAGCAGCGAUCCAAUCAGAGCAAAGCUCAUUACCAUAAAUGUUAAUGAGCCAAAACCAGUUGGUUUUCCUGUAAGGUUUUUUAGGCAUACUAAAACAAACCAUCAAAUAACUUUUCAGCUAAAAUUAUGUUGCAAACAUGAUCAGAGGACAUCAAGGAUUAUGAAAAAAUGAUAAAAAUAGGUAUGAAAUUUUGGUGGCAGGUCCCCUUUAAAGUGGAAGAAAAUGAUCUUGUAUAUAAAAAAAACACGAGUAUUAGAUCCUGAUAACAUUUCAAUUAUUGAAAUAUACCUAACCCUAGGAAAGACACAAUCUACUGAUUAUAUGUCUUUAAGUCUGUCUUUAUAGAGACAACUUGUUAUCACGUGAUUGCACGUGAAUCCACGGGUUCUUGUGAGUUCUCACGAUUUGCCUCACAAACAGAUUCGGUAGGAAUUGGCGGACGACGAAAAUUGCCGCCGUUCCAGAUAGGAGUUGUUCAGGAUGCGGUGAAAAUCCCGUGUCAGAAGAAGACUUUAUUUAGGAUAAGAACAGAGUGAGUUUUGGUCAAAGUCUGGAUAUGUUUGACUCCUCCUCAGGUGACCUACCAGCUGAAGAUCCUGACCACUGCUCUCUUCAGCGUCCUGAUGUUGAGGAAGUCUCUGUCCAAAGUUCAGUGGGUUUCUCUGCUGCUGCUGUUCGCCGGAGUUGCCAUCGUACAGGUAUGCCCUCUCUGUGAGUCUGUCAGACCUGAUCAGGCUCCUCCCUGCUGAUGGGAACAUCAAAAAUGGCCGCCCGGGGGGGGGGGGGGGUCUGAUGUGUCUGACAGCGAGUGUCUCUCCUCUCAGGUGCAGCAGGAAGGUGGUAAAGAGUCGUCCCUGUCAAACAGCUCCUCCCAGAACUACACUGUGGGUCUGGUUGCCGUGGUGAUCAGCUGCCUGUCGUCAGGCUUCGCCGGUGUUUACUUUGAGAAGAUCCUUAAGGGCAGUGCUGCGUCUGUGUGGAUGAGGAACGUGCAACUGGGGCUCUUCGGGAUGGCGCUCGGCAUGCUGGGACUGUGGUGGAACGACGGCACUGCCAUCGCCGAGCGCGGUUUCCUGUUCGGCUACACUGGCAUGGUGUGGUGCGUCAUCUUCAACCAGGCUUUCGGCGGGCUGCUGGUCGCCGUGGUGGUGAAGUACGCCGACAACAUCCUGAAGGGCUUCGCCACCUCCUUCUCUAUCAUCGUUUCCACCGUGGCGUCCAUACAUCUCUUUGGCUUCCACGUGGACCUGCUCUUCACGGUGGGGGCGGGGCUCGUCAUUGGCGCCGUCUACAUGUACAGCCUCCCCAAAGCGCCCGGCGGCUCCUCGUCCCCAAGUGCCUCCUCCUCGUCUUCAUCGGCGUCUUCAGCAUUGCCGAGGACGAACGGAGACCAAGAGAUGGAGGCGUUUCUGCCAAAGUCAGUGCUCGUCAGAUGACUCGCUCUGUCCCUCCCCUCUCUCCUCUCUGGUGCUCAUUUUUCAACCCCCUGUCUGCAGGUCAAAGGUCAACUCCCAUUCCCCCCACCUGUGCUCAGCAAAGCUCUCCCAUCAUCAGAACAUGUAUGAACUCACAACCUCCUCCUCACUUCCUCUUCUCCUUGCUUCCUUUCCUCUUCUUUAAGAAAACCAUGACCUGGAUGAAUGAGAAUCUACAUGAGCUCUUCUUCUCUUCCUCUCCUAUUCCCCUUGCUUCCUUUCCUCUUCUACACUUCCUUUCCUCACUCCUCCUCCUCUUCUUCACUCCCUCUCCUCCUUCCCUUGUCUUUUUUCCUCACUUCUCCUCCUCCUCUUCACUUCUUCUCCUCCUUCCCUUGUAUCCUUUCCUUACUCCUCCUUCUCCUCUUUACUUCCUCUCCUCUCCCUUCCCUUGUCUCCUUUCCUCACUUCUCCUCCUCCUCUUUACUUCCUCUCCUCUUCCUUCCCUUGUCUCGUUUCCUCACUUCUCCUCCUCCUCUCACUCCCUCUCCUCCUUCCCUUGUCUCCUCACCUCUCCUCACUUCCCUCUUCACACUUCUCUUCCUUCCCUUGUCUCCUUUCCUCACUCCUCCUCCUAUUCUUCACUCACUCUCCUACUUCCCUUGUCUCCUUUCCUCACUCCUUCUCCUCCUCAUUCCCUUGUCUCUUUUCCUUACUCCUCCUCCUCUUCACUCCCUCUCCUCCUUCCCUCAUCUCCUUUCCUCACUUCCCACUCCUCUUGUUUCUCCUCGGUAUCACAUGAUGCUGAGUUCUGAAUGAAACCCACCAGAACCCGGGUCAGAGCUUGUCUGUUUGCUCCGGUCCUGACCUUUGACCAUUUAGUUCGGACUCUAGAACUCCAGUAGGAUCCUCCUCCUCCUCCUCCUCCUCAUCAUCAUCAUCAUCUCUCCCCCUCCUCUUCUUCCUCUCACACCCACACCUCCUCUUCCUCCUCCUUCACUCCUUCUGACCUUCUCCUGAUCUCUUGCAGACCUCCUCGCCUCCUGACCUCCUGAGCUCAACCUCUGAGAACUGCAGAUCCUUUUGCUUCCAAGAGGAGGAGAUGCUCCCCGUUCCUCCUCCUUGUCCUCCUCCCCUCCUCCUGAACUAACACCUCAGACCUCCCCGCCUCCUUUUUGCUCGUCCUGUGGUAGACAGAAGAGCCGAAUGUUUCUGAUUGAGAGGAAAGCCGAGACUCCCUCCUCCUUCUCCUCCUCUCCUGUGCUUGAACUUAUCUCAGAGAGGAGGAGGUGAAGAUGAGGAGCGCUUCCUUUUGUCACCUCAAACACACUAACCUCUACUCUCCUCCUUGCUGUUCUCAGAGCUCAGGGAGGCUUUUCGUCUCUUCCCUCCGCCAUCCAUGUCACAGACUAACAGCUCAAAGCACAACAGGAGCAGGAGCAGGAGGAGCUCCUCUCUCUCUCUGCCUUAACUGUCUGUUCUUCACUGACUGAAUGAAGAGAGAAAAGCCUUACGAAGUUCUGACGUUCAUUUCUGGGGGGGGGGGUCUGUCUGGGGGGUAGGGUUUCUUUAGCAUGAGAGCAGGAGGAGAAUCAGUCUGUAUGGAGGGACUAAUGCUGCGUUCAAGUUACCUCGGAAGUCGGAGCUGAAAAUGAGUUCCUGGUGUUUCAGUUAACAAGUCGGAAAAAAGCGAAAUCUACGAAAGUUAUUUUAGUGCUUGCCUAAUAUUUGGACAAGGCAAGCACUAAAUUAACUUUCGGAUAUGUAACCAUAAUUGGAGGCAGAAACAAGAUAGCUACAUCUACGAAAGUUCUUUUAGUGCUAGCCCUGUCUGAAUAUAAGACGAGCGCUAAAAUAACUUUCAUAGAUGUUGCCAUCCCGUUUCUGGCCUCCGAUUUUGCUUUUUUCCAACUUGGUCACUGAAAUGCUGGUAAGUCGGGUGGGACGUCAUUUUCAGCUCCGACAUCGGACUUUCGAGGUAACUCGAGCGCACGAUCAGUCCUCCUCCAUCAGGACCUCCAUGGUUAAAGGUCUAAGGAGGAUCUGAGCCUCAGCUAAGAAUCCAACAUGAACAUUGAGUGAGGAGAGACUCUGCACAGACAGAUCUAGUGUACAUAGAUCUAUCUGUUUAAUGUAGAACUGUAAACAUAGAGCCGCCUCUCAGACUCACCGGGUCCAUAUCUCAAAAUCCGUCCCGGGUCGGGGUCUCUGUGUGUAUAUGGCUGAGGACCAGUUCUUGUUUACAGUGAGACUCUGAAAUUAUUUUUCUAUUCUUUGAACAUCUGAAGCCCCGCCUCCUUGAAUCUGAAUGCCCCAGCACUCGGAGAAGGAGGUCGGCGUGGAGAGCGGCGAGUCGCUCAGAUGUGGUUCUCAGUGGAAAGACUUUGUCAGAAACAGCUGAUCUGUUCUGGUUCUGGACUGGUUUGUGGAGCUUCACGCUAAAACUUUUCCCUGCUCACACGGUGGCGGCGUUGGCGGCCAUGUUGGGAAUCUUUAGACGCACUGUUUGUGUUUUGGUGCCUUUUCUUCCAUCUGUACAGAAGCCAUAUGAUUGUGGGUGUGAAGCUCUCAGACGGUCUGCAGGUCUGUUUGAGGGACUCUGAACCCUGACCUCAGAUCGGCGUGGUGGACACGCUCGUUGAUUGGAGCGCGUUUUAAAAUACCGAAUCAUGAUGAAGCUGUUGAUCCUGCAGGCAUCUCGUUGAAGGAGACGUCGUCCUGCGGGGACAUCCUGAAUGUCUUUCUCUCUGUGUGUUUGUCUUUGUGUGGACGGGUUCUGCUUCAGAGUCGGACGGCGGGUUCGUCUCUGCGUUUGAGUUUGACGUUUUUGUUGUUUUGUCUCCAGAUCUCGGCAGGAGGUGACGGAGCAGCUGAGCUUAGUUUAAAGUUGGAGAAGAGCUCAGCUGGAAGUUUGUUUAGAUUCUUCUCCAUCAGUUUAGAGCGGCUGAAAGAGAGGAAAUCUAAGUUUAGAUGAUCGGGAGUCUGUGUUAGCAUGGAGUUUCUCCAACCUUUCCGACUCUCAGAUCGAUACGACGAAACAACAACAACAAGGGUUUCUUCUUCUCAGAUGAUCUUUCUCUGAGUUUAAUCCAAUCUUCAGGAAACAUCUUCUCUGACCUGUUCUGUUUGUUUUUGUAAAAGCUAGCAGACAGUUUCUGUCUGUGAAGGAACUCUACAACAACAGUAAUAAUAAUAAUAAUAAUGAUAAUAAUAAUAUAUCGGUUAUUUAAUGUGGGGUUGUUGAACGGCUGCUGGUUUAUUUUGGUGGUGGUGAUGAAGAGGAGGGGGAGACUCAGCAGGAGGCGCUCCAGAGCUGGUUCACACUAUCAACAGUCCACACAAUAAGCUCUGGAGCGCCUCCUGCUGGUCGAGUCGAAACCAUGCUGUCAUAUUUAUUGAAAUCAGAUGAUGGCUGGCUGGUGUUUUAGAAGUUCAACUCUCUCCUCUGUUUGUCUGAAUCUAUUUCUGAGGGAAUUGAACCGUUUUCAGCUCUGACCUGUUAGUUUGCACUUGAUUGUUGAUUUCUUGUAACUUCUGAAUGUGUAAAUACUUCUUUUGGUUAAAGUUUUAUAUAAACAAGGACACUGACGAAAACACUCUGGAGUUUGUCUUAAUUUGUAGAUUUGAAAGCCCAAAAUGUGUCAGACCGGACUUUAAUCACUUUUUAGAAGAAAAACAAACUGUGGGUGAAAAUUAAAACCCGGAAUUGAAAAAUGUUCAGAUGAUUAAGAGUAUGUAUUAAAAUAAAAAUAUCAAUGUUUAAACUGAAAAA